AUGCUGAUUGCCCAUGGCUUCCUCAUGUCUUUCCCUUUCGUCAUCUUCUUACCUUUCUUUGUGAUCAUCGUCCCUAUCCCGAGUAUUCGGAUAUCCGUAAUCAAGGUCCACGCCCCUUUGCAGCUAUUCACCCUCGCUAUUGUUGUUGCUGGCCUGGGGCUUGGAAUCAAGCUAGGAGUCAGCGGCUGUCUGAUGAAAAAUGCGCACCCUAUCAUUGGCCUCGUUGUUGUGGGGCUGUUAAUCCUGUUUCAGCCUGCAUUGGGUCUACUGCAACACCUCCAUUUCAAGCGAACGGGAGGCAAAGGCAUCUUUGCCCACAUACACCGCUGGCUAGGCCGCUUCUUUAUAAUCCUAGGAAUAGUUAACGGUGGCCUCGGCUUCGGUUUAUCGGGUGUAGGCCAGCCAGGGACUCCAAGAGGAGCCAUGAUUGCAUACUCAGUCAUUGCGGGAGUUCUGGGAUCGGUGUAUAUCGGGGUAUUGGUGCUGCUGGCUAUACGUGGGAAGCAAGACUUACAUCAUGAGAGGAAUGCUUCAGAUGCAAUUCUCGGAGAUGAAGUCAAAAUUGCCACUGAUCCAGCGAUUACAUAA